CUCCCAGCUCCCGGAGCCUGCGGGAGCGGCAAGAUGGCGGACGGAGACGGAUUGGGUGAAGCAGCCACUGCUACGGCAUCUCCUCCUGCACCUGCUCCGGGCCUGAGCCCGUCGCUCGGCUGGAGGGAGCGACUGCGGGCCGGACUGGCGGGGACUGGGGCCUCGCUGUGGUUCGUGGCGGGGCUGGGACUGCUUUACGCUCUGAGGGUCCCGCUGAGGCUGUGUGAGAAUUUGGCUGCGGUGACAGUAUUUUUAAAUUCAUUGACCCCGAAAUUCUAUGUGGCACUUACAGGAACAUCUUCUUUGAUAUCAGGACUAAUAUUUAUAUUUGAAUGGUGGUACUUCCAUAAACAUGGCACGUCUUUUAUUGAACAAGUAUCUGUGAGCCAUUUGCGACCACUGAUGGGAGGAACAGAAAGCAUUUCAGAGCCAGGUUCUCCUUCUAGCAACAGAGAAAGUGAAACCAGCAGACAGAAUUUGUCAGAAUGCAAGGUAUGGAGAAACCCUCUAAAUCUUUUCAGAGGAGCAGAAUAUAGGAGAUACACUUGGGUGACUGGUAAAGAGCCACUUACAUACUAUGACAUGAAUUUGUCAGCUCAGGACCAUCAGACCUUUUUCACCUGUGACACGGACUUUUUACGUCCUUCAGACACAGUUAUGCAGAAGGCAUGGAGGGAAAGAAAUCCUCCAGCUCGAAUCAAAGCAGCCUAUCAAGCUUUAGAAUUAAACAAUGACUGUGCCACUGCAUACGUUUUACUGGCCGAGGAAGAAGCAACAACUAUUGUAGAUGCUGAAAGGUUAUUUAAACAGGCACUCAAGGCAGGAGAAACAAUUUACAGGCGGUCACAGCAGUGCCAGCACCAAAGUCCUCAGCAUGAAGCUCAACUGCGAAGAGAUACCAAUGUACUGGUAUACAUUAAAAGAAGAUUAGCAAUGUGUGCAAGAAAAUUAGGAAGAAUAAGAGAAGCAGUAAAAAUAAUGAGAGAUUUGAUGAAAGAAUUUCCUCCUCUUACCAUGUUGAACAUCCAUGAGAAUCUCCUAGAAUCACUUCUGGAAUUACAGGCCUAUGCAGAUGUUCAGGCAGUCCUAGCAAAAUAUGAUGAUAUAAGCCUUCCAAAGUCAGCAGCAAUCUGUUACACAGCAGCACUAUUGAAGACAAGGACUGUUUCAGAUAAAUUCUCUCCUGAAACAGCUUCCAGAAGAGGGCUAAGCACAGCAGAAAUUAAUGCUGUGGAAGCAAUUCAUAGAGCUGUGGAAUUUAAUCCUCAUGUUCCAAAAUACUUACUAGAGAUGAAAAGUCUAAUUUUACCUCCAGAACACAUUCUGAAACGGGGUGAUAGUGAAGCAAUCGCCUAUGCUUUCUUCCAUCUUCAGCACUGGAAGAGAAUAGAAGGUGCUCUUAAUCUCCUACAGUGUACGUGGGAAGGCACUUUUAGAAUGAUUCCAUAUCCAUUAGAGAAAGGUCAUCUAUUUUAUCCUUAUCCCAGCUGCACAGAGACUGCUGAUAGAGAGCUAUUACCUACCUUUCAUCAUGUUUCUGUUUACCCAAAGAAGGAGCUUCCUUUUUUCAUCCAUUUCACAGCAGGACUGUGUUCUUCUACAGCAAUGAUAGCUCUUCUUACACACCAGUUUCCUGAAAUCAUGAGUGUUUUUGCUAAAGCUGUAAGUAUGAUCUCAAGGACUUGUGUAGAGUAUUUGUAAAACACAUAAGAAACCAUCUCUGAUCUGUUUGUGCUAAACCAGCUGAUCAGGGGAAGAUGUUUGUUACCGUAAAUUACAGGAAUUGAUUUGUCAAGUAGCUCCAUAAAUAUGUCAAACAAUAGUUUUUGGUGACUUGAGCUAUAUUUUUGUUGCGUAAAAGUUUAAAGAAUACAAUGGUACAACAUGA